AUGGAUCUGCAAUUGAUCAUCUUGGCACAACAAUAUGGAACAUGCAAAGCCAAAAAUGGUCGAGCUGGAGAAUGUAUUAAUACCGGAACAUGUGCAUCCAACGGCGGAACUUCGGAUCCAGCCAAUCUCUGCCCUGGUGAUAAAUCUAUCCAGUGUUGUACAUAUGGUACAUGCAGGAACAGGCAAGGGAUUGCAGGCAUUUGUCAACCAGUUUCCACUUGUAGCGGAAUAUCCGAUCCAGCCAAUCUUUGUCCUGGUGGAAACAAUAUUCAGUGCUGCACCAGUGGCGACACCAGCGGCGGUUUGCCCAGUUUUAAUCGUAUUAUGAAUAUUGUGCUGCCUCCGUUGAAUGGUAUUGCACCGCAUAUAACUAGUCACUAUGGUCAAAGAAACGGUGAAUUUCAUGGCGGUACUGACUUCAAUUAUAAUGUUCCUGGACAAUAUGGUAUCAAUAUGCAACAUCCAAAUGUUUACUCACCUGUUGAUGGGGUAGUUACUUUUGUUGGAGGAAAUUACGGCACAGUAAAAAUUGAUACAUCAACCGGUUAUAGCCAUGAAAUCUUACAUCUACAUACUACAAAAGUUCAGGUUAAUAAUAAUGUGAGAUCAGGUCAACUUAUUGGUACUAUGGGCGGCAAAGGACCAAAUGGACUCACCCAAUAUGCACAGCAUGUACACUAUCAAAUCAAAGAUCGAAGCGGUCAAACAAGAAAUCCAGAAAAUUAUUAUUGA